AUGUAUCAAGAAAAACCAAUAUCACCAUCAACACCAAAUGAUACAACAUUGUUAAUUGUCGACAAAAAUGAACAAGAGGUUCAUGAAGAUGAAAAUGAAUUAAUACAACCAACAAUAGAUUUAUCAUGUACCACAAAUGUUAUUACAUCCAAAAAUUUAACAGAAAAAACUCUUUCAGAUCCAUAUAUCUUGCCAACUUUGCCGAGUCAAGUAAAUGAUGCAAUUAAUCUUAAACAAAUGGAAACAUAUCCAACAAGAGAACAAUAUGCAGUUAUUGUAAAUGGUAUAUUGAAUCAUUUGAAAAUUGAACGAGAUACAAAAACAGUUGCAUCAAUCAUUCAAGAUACACCUAAUGAAAUACAACAAAUGGAAGAAAAAGCUGAAACACUUAAAACAAAUUUUCAAAAUAAAUCAAUUGAUGAUUAA